AUGAUCCCAACAGAGGCAUCCACACUCCUCGCCUCCCUCUCCACUCACCCUCUCAUCUCCGCCGCCGCAGCAGCUUACGUCCUCUGCGUCCUCUACCUACCUCGCCGCCUCCUCGCACUCAUUGUCUCCCCCAUCCCAAUCUCCACUCUCAUUCUCCUCGCCGUUCUCCUCCGCUCUUGUUCAUCCUCUUCAUCCUCUUCAUCCUCUUCCCCUCACGAAACGAAAACCCCGGCGGAGGAGGCGCACCUCCAGCGCCACCCAUCUCCGGCCGACCAUCAUCCGGAGCCUCCAUCCACUGCUACAGCCUUCCACCAGAGGACCGUUUACUUUGAGUGGCCCCGGUUCGGCCCGCUGGAAGUCAUCUACGAGGAGUAUGAAGAGGAUGAGGAAGAAGAAGAAGAAGACAGCUUGAUGGGCUCCGACGAUGAAGACUCGAGGUGUGAUUCGGCCUGGGGUUCGUGGCCGGCGUUUGAGUGGCCGGAGAGAUUAUUGUUCCAGAGCGAGGUUGAGGAGGAGGACGGGAUGAUCGAGAUACCUCUCGAGGAGGACAACCUCAUCGAGAUCGAUAUAUCGGCCUGCCGGUGA